GCAUUUUUCAUUUAUAUAAUCUCUCUCUCUCCCCUUCAAAGAAAGCAAAAUGGCUCCGAUGAUCAGAAGAACCAUCAGAAAUUACGCUACUCAGGAAAAGUACUAUGUCGAUUUCUUCGGAGAGGAGUUGAUUGUCACCGUAACGAAGGAUCGCUCCGUCAUCGGCCAAUGGAUCCACGAAGUAGCCUCCAAAAACCGCUUCUCCUCUCACCCUCCCAUCGUUGGACUUGGCGUUCAGUGGACACCAGCUUGUUUCCGAAAACCGGUUCGUUAUCGCCUCGGUUCCCGACCACCGGUUUUUUACCCUCCGGCGGAUACUCUCCAGCUAUGCGUUGGUAAUAGAUGUAUCAUCAUCCAGCUGUCUCACUGUCACCGCGUUCCGCUGGUCCUUCGUCGUUUCCUAAAGGAUACAGAUUUCAGGUUCUACGGUGUUUGGAACAGCCAAGAUGCGAAAAGGCUAAGGGCAUCUAAACAUAAGUUGAAGACUGCGGAGCUUUUGGAUUUGAAGAAGUUGGUUGUAGAUUCGAGAGGAAUGAAGAGCCUGAAGCGUAGUAAGUUUGAGGUGAUUGUUGAGGAAGGUUUGGGUUACCCAGGAGUAGAGCAAUAUCGUGGGAAAAGCAUGAGCAACUGGAGCGUUUGGAAACUUAGCAACGAUCAGAUUAUUCAGGCCUCGGUAGAUGCUUAUUGCUCUUUCAAGCUUGGUGUUCAAGUUGGAACAUAUCCUUCUGAGUAAACGUCUUCAAUUAAUGUUGCAGAUCUUUGAAUCUUUCGUUUGUUUAGUUUGUGUGAGUGAAAAGAAACUGUCUUCCACUCGUAA